CUUGCUCAUGAUCCAUUCAUAAAUUAGUCAUUGCGCAUUCCUGCUGGCUGGAGAGGAAGUGGCGUUUCUCGAAUUAUUAUUAUUUCAAAGAGCUAUUUGACAGCCCCUAGCAAACAAGCAAGCAAGCAAACAAACAUAAACAAAGAAGAAGUCACUUCCUACACCGUAGUGACUGUACACCAGGAAGCUGCAUUCUCGGCUGAACUGCACUUCUCGGGAGCAGUGGGGGGAGAUUAAAGUAUAAAGAUAAUCUGCAGCGGCUGUUUAUCUAGCAGUCGUAGUAUUGAAGCAGCAGCAGCAGUAGUUCAGCGGUUGGUGGAACUAAAUGGAACGGUGAAUAUGGCUACAAAGGACGAGCUCUAUUCCAAAGUGACCCCCAGGAGAAUACGGCAGAACCUCAAGCCGGGGACUAUAAAACAUGGAUCAUCUUUAGACGUGCUGUUAUCUAUGGGGUUUCCAAAAUCCAGGGCGCAGAAAGCUCUUGUGUCUACUGGAGGAAGGAGCGUACAGGCAGCUUGUGAUUGGCUCUUCUCUCACAUCGAUGACCCCUUCCUGGACGACCCCCUCCCCAGGGAGUAUGUUUUGUAUCUGCGUCCCAGCGGCCCGCUCGCUCACAAGCUCUCUGAGUUCUGGCAGCAGUCGCGCAUGUCCUGCGGCAAGAACAAGGCGCACAACAUCUUUCCUCAUAUCACUCUCUGCCAGUUCUUCAUGUGUGCUGACAGCAAAGUGGAGGCUCUGUGUGAGGCCUUGCUCGCCACGGUUACCCAGUGGAGGAGUCGCUUCCCCAUCCCCCUGCCGCUGGAGCUCUACACAUCCUCCAACUUUAUCGGCCUCUUCGUGGAGGAGCAGUGCGCAGAGGCACUGAAGACGUUCGCAGCCGACUUCGCCACGGAGGCAGCCAGCAAAGCAGACGUGCGCGUGGAGCCCCACAAGAAGCAGCUGCACGUCACCCUGGCCUAUCAGUUCCAAGCUAACCACCUGGCUGCCCUGGAGAAGCUGGCCAAAGGCAUUGACAUCAACCUGGGCUGCGACUGGGUGGCAGUGCUGUUCUCCAGGGACAUUCGCUUCGCCAAUCACGAGACCCUGCGGGUGAUGUACCCGUACGCCCCUCAGAAUGACGAUGAGCUGGAGCUGGUCCCGGGAGACUUCAUCUUCAUGUGUGUGGUGGAGCAGACCAGCACAAGCGAGGGCUGGAUCUACGGCACGUCCCUGACCACAGGCUGCUCCGGGCUGCUGCCUGAGAACUACAUCAUGAGGGCCGAUGAGUGUGACACCUGGGUCUUCCAUGGGUCCCACUCCUUCCAGAACGCAGCCUCCCCGAUGGGGUCGCGGGGGUGCGACGGAGUCCUUGAUGGCAGGCUGCAUGAGGAGCACGGUCCAGGAGAGCCCCCCGCACUCAGCGUCGUCUGCCAGCCCAUGCAGGUACUGGAAUACAGAGCACUGGCCGUAGAGCAGCCAGGCAGGGUUAUUUAAAGGGGGGGCGCUAUG